AUGUUACUGGCAGCUCUACUGUUCACUCAAACAACUGCCGCGGUUGUUGGUUUGUUGAAUCUAUCACUAACGCCGCUUGAUUGCCGUUCGAAAUCCCCAGUGGAAGUGCUCUGGCAAGCCACCGUAGCCGUCGCCAGUAGUGAAGACUUCAGCGAGCAAGCCUACACCGUAUUCGUCUCGUGGGAAUUCGCCAACGAACGAUCCAGUGGAUUGCUGUCUGACCUGAUCAACCAGGCACUUGGUUCACUGGCCUACAACCGCCGAUUGCCGGUAGAAAUUAUAAAUCGAAUUUCUGUACCCAUGCGAAGGCCUCGUACCCAUAACGUUUUCUUCGUUGACAGCAUGCCGGCCUUCGAGGAAAUUUUCGCCGAUAUGUGUCCCAAACUGUUUAACUUUGCUGGACGAUAUCUGAUCGUGUUGCUGUCCAUGGAAGUUGUUGAUGAGCAGGAAGUUGUGCGAGGAAUUCUGCAACGGAUGUGGCAAAACUAUGCGGUCAACGUGAAUGUACUUUUCGCUAGCCAGAUUAGUCCGGAGCGAGCUAACAUGUACACCUACUUUCCGUAUACUUCUCGGUUUUGUGAGGAAGUUACGAAGCUGGAAAACAUCCAUCGAUGCCCGUUGAAUGUCGCUCUGUAUUCGUACUCAGCUUUCAUGCAACUUAAAGUUAAUUCUCGAGGAGAAAUCACUGCAUUAACCGGCGUGGACGCUCGACUGCUAGCCUAUCUAGCAACAUCACUGAACUUCACCAUCGCACCACGGGAGGUCCCGCAUGGACUACGGUUCGGUUUGAUCUACGACAACGGAACGUCAACUGGUGCUAUGCGAAUGGUCAUAGAGGGUGAAAUGAAUUUCACCCUCGGCUACUUCGGCUACAACUACCUCCGUCAUAAAUACAUGUCGCUAACUCAAAAUUACUACUACUCGGAACUGCUGGUCAUAGUGUCACCCGGAGAAUCCUACACAUCAUUCGAAAAGCUGCUGCUUCCCUACAGCAAUUCGCUAUGGCUAGCUUUCAUUGGAACGAUUACAGCUAGCUUGCUAACAAUCGUCGUCAUCGGAAGGAUGCCUCUGCGAGUGCAGAACUUCGUGUUUGGCCACCGAAACCGUACACCAUCCCUGAAUCUAAUAAACUCCCUUUUCGGUGGAUCUCUGUUUAAGCUACCGGGACGGAACUUCGCUCGGUUUUUCCUAACCCUGUGGAUAAUCUACACCCUGAUCCUACGAACCGUCUACCAGCAGGCACUGUUCAACUUUCUUCAGCAAUCACCGAACCGUUCGUCGCCAAACAGCCUCAAACAGUUGGUGGACAACGAUUAUCCCAUCUUCCUGAUCCCGACGGAGGUUUACGUGUUCGACCACAUGCCGGAACUAAAGCCGCUGCUUCGAAUCAUUCCAGCGGAGAGGAUUCACCACUUCGACGACGCCAUCCGUAAUGGACACCUUCGGGGAGCUCGCAUCUCAAACUACGAGAAGAUUCUGUACGACAACGCUCGACUACCCGACGGGCGUAAGUUCCGCAUCCUCAAGCAGCGACUGUACAACUAUGCGCUCUCCGUAGGGCUACGACUGAAUUCCUGUCUCACGAAACCGUUCGACGAUAAGAUUCUGAAGCUGAACGCCAACGGACUGGUGCAGGCUUGGGUGAAACAUUACGUCGACGAGAAGUAUGCUGCCGUGGUGGAUCUGCCGGGCGCGGCAGAUGAGCGGCGGAGAAAGCUGAACUUGGAGCAGUUGGUGGGCGCAUUUCAGUCGCUGGGUUUUGCCUUGGGUGGCUGCUUUGUGACGUUCCUUGGCGAGCUCGUGUGGGGAUGGUUCGAGAAGAAACGAAAGACGGAAUUUCUGUAG